AUGAUGGCCGACAGGAGAAGGAUUAAUGGGCCGCCGGGCGGUACAAGGCCGGCGGUUUUUGCUUCUAACUCGCAAUCUGGUACGGGUGCUACAACCCGCGCUCAACGCCAGCGACAACCCUCUGAGCUACGGAAAAUCUUCCUUAAGACUGGUCUGAUACCCACAGCAUCGGGCUCCUCAUAUCUUGAAUUCGAACCGUCGGCCUCCCUCGCCGCUGCUCGCGCCAAUCCCAAAUCUCUGAUUCCGCCCUCGUCGGCUUUAAAGCUCGCCUGUACAGUCCACGGCCCGAAGCCACUGCCCCGGUCUGCGGCAUUCUCUCCCAAUCUUGUUUUGACAACGCAUGUCAAGUAUGCGCCUUUCGCGGCACGCAGGCGCAAAGGCCAUAUCCGCGAUUCCAGCGAGCGCGAUCUCGGAGUACACCUUGAAACUGCCCUGCGCGGCGCAAUUAUUGCGGAGCGCUGGCCAAAGAGCGGCCUUGAUAUCACCAUCACCAUCCUCGAAGCCGAAGACGACCGGUGGUGGGGCGAUGCGCCAGACUCGCAUGAUGCGUCCUGGGGUAUGAUGAACGUCCUCGCCGGUUGUAUUACCGCCGCCUCCGCCGCUAUUGCCGAUGCCCAUAUCGACUGCCUGGACCUUGUGGCCGGCGGUGUCGCCGCUCUGGUUUCUGAUGAAUCUGCCGGGUCUUCGGCUGCUCCCAAGCUUAUGCUAGACACCGAUCCCGCCGAGCAUCGCUCUAUCCUCUCUGCAUGUGUUGUGGGCUAUAUGCCCGCCCGAGACGAGAUCACAGAGCUCUGGCUCAAGGGCGACAGCUCUAAAGCUUCCCUCGAGGAUGGUGAUAAGCGCACGGGCCAUGAAGCUUUAAUUGACGGUGCUGUGGAUGCCGCUCGGGGGGCACAUACUGUUUUGGCAGAAGCUGUGCGGGAAUCGCUCUUGAGCGCCGUGGGACAGCUUUGA